AUUUGUUGCUGUGCCGUUCAUAAAAUGCCACUAAUGUUUGAACUACUUCUUGUAGUCCAAACUAGAGUAAUGGGUCACAUGGCCCAUAAGCUUACAUACUAUACAUUUUUCAUACAUUAUCAAGUAAACGUUCGCCACAUGAAAUGUGAGUAAUGAACGCCCUGUGAGUAAAAGUUUUUUAAAAUACUCAUCCUGUAUGUAAAUGCUUGACAUACAUUGCCGCGAAAAUGCUUGCAACCGGUAAAUUCACACUGGUAUCAUUUGCGAACAGAUGUCGAAUUAGGAGUGUUUGUAGAAGGCUUUUCCAACCAUCCCGCAACUCCAGCGUUCAAGUGGAUGUAGACGUCAGUGAUUUGGACGUGAAACACUUAACUGAUUUCAAAAAGCAUCUGCGAGUUAAUAAAAUUCCAUACAAAGACGGUCCCACGUGCUUGCAGUUGCAAUGUCGUUUGUGCGAACAGAACCACACCGCUUAUGUAAACAAACGCACAGGCGCAUUUUUAUGUCCUGGCUGUGAUGUUUUAAAGCCGUUGCCAUUAGCUGCGAAUCUUUAUGAAAAAGGUCAACAGUUAAAUAAAGCUGACCUUACUAAAGAGAUAUAUAUUUCUCAGUUCAAUAAACCUGCUAAUGUUACGCAAGAUGUAUGCGAUGAGUUGCGCAUUCCGGGACUCAAAGUUGCAGAUUUGAAUGCUUUAGAUGCAAAAUAUAGUUCCGAAUGCAAUACACUUAUAUUUCCUCUUAGAAAUGAAGGCGGCAUUGUUACCGGUGAAAAAUCCCUGCAUGUGUCAAGUAAAAGUGAGGACGUUUUUCAAAACUCUUUACGUUCUGGUCUGCUUAUCUAUGGACCGGCAAAUAAAAACAAAGCCAUUUUGGUUUCUAAUUUAAUGGAUUUUUUAGUACUUGUAAUGCAGCGUUUAGAAAAUUAUUGUGUUAUUUGUUUGCCGUAUAUGUUAAAGACUCUACCACAGGAAUGCUUACCAAGGUUGGAGCGUUUUAAGGAAAUCAUUUUUUGGUUUAAACUGGACUCGACGGGUUGGGAUGCACCCAGAACGUUUUCAAACAAACUAGACAUGAAGCGGUGUCUAUUAAUUCGUCCUACUGAAACUGAACCAUCACCGUUAGAAGCUCAUAAGAAGCGUCUCAACUUACGUCUUAUAAUACAGAAAGCGACGACAAUUUCUCAUAAAUCUAUAAUUACUUUUGGCGCUCUGCGUAAUGAUAUUUUAAGCGAGUUACAAAAUGUUGAAAAGGUAAAUGGUGUGAAAUGGAAACGUUUUCCUAUUUUGAACAAAUUACUUAAAGGUCAUCGUAAAGGUGAGUUGACUAUUAUAACCGGUCCAACAGGCAGUGGCAAAACUACUUUUAUGAGCGAGUACUCGUUAGAUUUGGCUGUGCAAGGUGUGUCGACAUUAUGGGGCUCUUUUGAAAUUCGUAACACAAGACUAGCAUCAACCCUACUGCGUCAGUACGUAGGGUAUUCUCUAGAAAAUAAAUUAAAUGAAUUCGAUCAUUGGGCAAGUAAAUUUGAAAAGCAUCCCUUAUAUUUCAUGACUUUUCAUGGGCAGCAACAAUUAAAAGUGGUUAUGGAAGCCAUCGAACAUGCUCAAUAUGUGCAUGAUAUAAACCAUGUUAUAAUUGACAAUCUGCAGUUUAUGAUGGGAAUAUCAUCAGCCCAUCGUUUGGACAAAUUUUGGGAACAAGAUGCUGUCAUUGCUGCAUUUCGUUCAUUCGCAACGAAUCGUAAUGUUCAUGUCACACUUGUUAUGCAUCCACGGAAAGAACGGGAUGAAGAUGAAUUAACUACAAGUUCAGUAUUUGGUGGAGCGAAAGCUACACAAGAGGCCGAUAAUGUUCUUAUAAUACAAGAUAAACGUUUGACCUCAGUGCGGGGGAAAAAGUAUUUGCAAAUAGUUAAAAACCGUUACACUGGUGAUCUGGGUAUUAUGCCCUUAGAAUUUGAUAAGGAUGCUUUAAGUUAUGCUACUUCUAACAAGAAGAAAAAAGACAAGGAUAAAGAUGAUAAAGAAACGAUAAAAGUUAACACCAAAGAUAGCUAAUAGUUGCUGCUUACUAUUUUAAUAUAAGUACUUAUAAUUGUAUAAAUUUAUUUUAAAUAAAGAUUGUAUAUUGUAGUCAAGU